CGAGGCGGUGCUGCCUGCACUUGCCCACCUCGGCACACCCGCCGCCUGCGCCUGCCUGACAGCGCACCAGCUGUGCCAGCAAAACGUGUGGGUCCCUCCGAGGUGUGCUCAGCCCACCCGUACGCCGGCAGUGGGUCUGGCAGCCGGGCACAGUGAUUCCAGAGGAGAUCCUGCAGCUGCUCCUAGUGGAGCUUGGCCUGACGCCGGGCUGCUUGCGCCACUUCCCCCAAGCUGAUGAUAAACAAAUCUGACAGGCAGCAGGCACAAUCCCUGGGCCCGUGGGUUCUUGCUGUGCUGGGUGCCAGGUGGGUGUGGGUCCAGGCACGGCUUAUCUGCCAGCACAGUUGCUGAGUUCGCCCUGCUGUAUUCCUCCCUUUUCCCAUUGUCCCUCCAUCUUAACAUCCCACUAUCUCUCCAGCUCCCCUUCCCUCUCUGUCCACCCAUCCACGCAUCCAACCAUCCCUUCCUUCCUCCUUCUCUCUCUUUCCCUGUCCCUUGUCACCACCAUCCACCACGCUCUCCCCGGAGCGGCCCCUUUAAGUGCCGAAGUGACGUUAAAGGCGGGCACAGCUGGCGCUGGCGCCCCGCCUAAGGACGCAGCCGGUGGCGGGGACGCAGCUGCGCCGCGGCCGCACAGUGCCGGUGCCGCAUGGGUGCGCCCCGCGCCCUCCGGGACCUGACGCUGACCCUGGUGGCCGCGGUGGCCGCCCUCGGCUCCCUUCUCUUCAUCGCCUGGAAGAUCUACUUCCGUGGCACCGCUACUGGCACCGACUGGAGCGGGUGGUGGGAGCGGGAGCUGCAAGAGCUGCGGGAACGAGAAGCCCCUGGUGACACGGUGACCUGGCGGCAUGUACUGGUGCUGGGACUGGAUGGAGCGGGGAAGAGCAGCAUUCUGCACUACAUCUGCAGCCAGAGAGCCAGGAAGAACAUCGCUCCCACCUAUGCCUUUAACUCUGCCCAGCUCUGUGUAGAGGGGCUGGAGAUGGACCUACUAGAGGUGGGUGGCAGUCAGAACAUGCGAGCAUACUGGCACCACUACCUGAGCCAGGCCCACGUGCUGGUGUUUGUGGUGGACUCAGUGGACAGGUCGCGCUUGCUGACGGCACGUCAGGAGCUGCACGCCUUGCUGGAUGCUGAGCCUCUGCUGCCCCUGGUCGUGCUGGCCAACAAGCAGGACAAGAGCAAUGCCCUGAGCACGGCAGAGUUGUGGGAGGAGCUGGCCUUGCAGACGGUCAACAGUGAGCGGGAGAUCUUCCUCCUGCCCACCAGUGCAACCUGGGACAGCUUAAGCACCACUAACAGUGUCCUCCACGUGAAGAACCUGCUGGUCACUUUGCUCUCUCAGUCUUAAGCCCACACGGGGCCAGACAGACUUCCACCUUUGGCACGGCUUCUCAGGGGCCCAUGGUGCAAAGAUAAAAGCAGCUGCUGAACCUCUGGAGUUCAGACUUGUUGGUAGCAGGCUGCCAGUGCUGAGGCGUUUGCUGCAUCCCACAAGGUUUUGGAUUGAGCUGUAGCACAGCUGCCCUCAGGGAACACAAACAGCAGGCUCUGUUCUCUGCCACAGGGAGAGGGUAGCUGCCUCCCCCAGUUCAGGGACAAAAUCCUCCUUGGGACGGAGGCAUAAACAUGGCUCUUACUUCUUGAUGAGCAGGAAAGUGGAACGCGGGGCAGGGCUCCACACCUUCACAGCAGCCCUGUGAAGCCCUUCAUAGCAGCAGGAUUUGAACGAAUGGGGCUGAAAAAACAAGCUUGCCUUUUCACCAACUGCCAUGAACAUCUCCUCCCAGGAGAUGGGCUCUUCUUCCUUAAAAACAUGAGGAGUUGCUGCCAGUGUGCAGGCCUGCACUGCAGCACUACCACUACAGCAUACAUCAGUGGGAAUACCCAGCUCAGGCUGUCCUCUGCUGGGGCUGAGCACAGCUUUCAAUACCCUAAACUCUCUCUUCAAAAUCCUGCUUAAAAGAUGAUGGCUGUUUGGUAGGAACUGCACUCAGUAGGCAUUCCCCCCUGCCUGGUCUCACUCUCAGCUGCCUCAGGGAGAUGGGGAAGGAGCCAAUCUCAAGAACCACAGUAUGCCCUACCUGCAGGCAGGAGACUGAUGGCUCAGCCAUGGAGCACUGGAUCCUGUAACACAGAUUGAGAAGCUGGGGAGCACAUCAGGGAAAUAGAGUAUGUGACAGCUGGUCUCUGCUAUGAAACCUUUUGUACAGUUACUUCUUUCUUUUGUCAAUAAAGACAGCUGACCACUC